AUGAGAUCGGAGAAAGCAAUUCUACAACUUAGUCCUUUGUUCUUUGUUGAUACUGAGGAGACGAUAUACAUCCCCUUGACGUUGCUCAACGCUAACAACAAUCGAGGAAAAUUUAUUUGGCAUCCUCUUGAAGUCGUUGUUUUGCCCUCGAUUGGCCAAUAUCGUCCGCGGAGGGUUAGAUUGACCUAUCGUCCUCGAAAGCCUGAAGUGCUAAAUUUAGUGACACGUAUCUAUAGAAGCUUUGCGGUGUUGGUCUCGGUGUUUUGCUCUCGACUUUUCUUCCCAACACUGAAGUUGCCGAAAAUUGGGCUGUUUAAUCACAAUCGCUUUCGACUGCAUCCUCGAGGAAGGACUCCGAGGAGCGAGAUGCCGCCCACACGAGAGCCACCCGUUCUCGCAUGUCCGCCGUCACUUUUGGACAAAGUGGAUGAGAUUGGAAGGAUUGGAUUACAAGACAUGAUCUCCUUGCCGCAAAUCGCAGUGGUGGGGGAUCAAUCGAGUGGCAAAUCCACUCUCCUCGAAUACAUCUCGGGCGUCACCUUCCCCAAGGAUGCAGGGAUGUGUACCUGCUUCGCAACUGAGGUCUCUAUGCGACCAGCGACUGAGUUCUCAUCCAAAGUGUUCAUUAACAAUCAGACGGAUUCCCGUCUCAGUGAACCCAAAUCGCCAGAGGAGGUCGCUGGAGUUAUCCAAGAAGCCAAAAGGCUGUUCGUCGAGGCACAUGGCGAGAAGGCGAUUUAUGACGAUAUCCUUACUGUCGAAUUGAAUGGACCAGGCUUACCCAUACUCACCUUGGUUGACCUGCCGGGAUAUAUCCACACUCAUUCGACUGGACAGCCGGAAUCGAUCGUGCAAGACAUAGAAAAUCUAGUUGAAGGUUACUUGGAUAGCCCCAGGACGAUCAUAAUGGCGGUAAUACCUGUCAACCGAGACUUCGAGACCAACGUGGCCAUCAAACACAUCCGAAGAUUCGAUCCAGAGGGCAAACGGACCCUCUGUGUUUUGACCAAGCCCGAUCAAGUUGACGCGGGAACUGAAAGAGGUGUAUUGGAAAUUCUUUCGGGCAAGAAGAUGCAUCUUUCUAGAGGAUACCACAUCAUCAAAAACAAAAAUUAUGAAGAGUGUAAAGCGGGCGACAGCCGGGAAACGACCGCCAAGAAAGAAUCGCACUUCUUUUCCCGUUCUCCCUGGUCAUCUAUCAGUCCGACUCAAAAGGGGAUUACUAGUUUCGUCGAAAGAUUAUCGGAUACCUUAAACGCUCAGGUGGCAAGAGAGCUUCCGGCAAUCAAGAAAGAAAUCUUGAAAAUGCGAGACGAUUAUAUCAAACAGCUCAAAUCGCUGGGGCCAGUGGUUGGGACAGAUCUCGAGAAAUCCAACGUACUCCAAAAAAAUAUCUCGCGUAUCAUGCAGCAAAUUCAGUUCCUCGUCGACGGGCACUACAGUGGAGGUAAAUUUUCGCGCAGAUACUAUAUCAGAGCUCGAGUACAAACACUUCACCGGAACUUUUAUAAACAAAUCCUUUGUCUAACAAUGGCGAGUGUGGAUGACCUCGAUGUUGCAAAAGUCUUACGCGAAAGUAGAGGGCGAGAGCUUCGGGGGAUGGUUCAAUUCGAACCGUUUGUGAUUCUAUGCAGAAAGGUGGUCAAGAAGUGGUCCUUACCCACCACCAAUCACAUCACCGAGAUCUGUAGCAUGGUCCAGAGUAUUUCGUGCCAAGUUAUCGAGAAGGAGUGUGAGAAGAUCCUGGUCGAUUACUUUUUGGAACGGAUGAUCGAGUACAUCGACAACCAGCAGAAGAAGAUUCAUCAGGAUUCUGCCGAAAUCUUCGAUGACGAGCUCACGCCUCUGACCUGCCAAGAAUUUGAUUACCCGAGCGACAAAUGGCCGGAAACGAAAUCGCCGAUCCAUCCUAGACCCGUUUCCUUUCAGCACCCGAACGGCGAAUCAUCGGAAGCGGAACCGCUGUUCCACCCUGUUAUGUUUGCAAGAAGCUCAACUCUGCCACCGGCCCAGGUUCUUGAACCACCAACUGAUGGACCUCAACUCGACCUCGAGUGUGAUGAGAGAACUGCCUCUGACUCAUCGGAUUCACAGGUUCCAGUCGGACGUCAGUCAACGAGAGUGGACUCUGCCGGAGACGCCCGAAUGCGGUGGUUCGUGAGGGAGUAUUGCAAGGCAGCUGCGACGAGAUACGUGGAUGCGAUCUGCUUGUACGUCGUCGAACGAAGGCUCUUCAAAAAGUGCGAUGUCCGGGUUCAUGACUGGUUUAUGGAAGACAAGUCCGCAUUGGCUCGGGUUCAGGAGUCUGCCGAAACCAGCUCGUUGCGUGAAAUCCUGCCGGGUAAAAUCGAAUCUCUAAACCAAGGCUUGAUUAUUCUCGACAGGUAG